AUGGUAGCAUCUGAGCCGCCGGAAAGUGGCCUUGGGCAGCCGUCCACCCUCCCACCACAGGAGUGCCUCUGGCCCAUCCGGGCGGACCAGCAACCCGAGGUGGUUCACACGGUAGAGGAGUUUCUAGAGAUCUUGCAGAUGCAGCGGCACCUGGAACGAGUAGUUGUCUUGCCCAACGGCAUCGAGCUACUUGGCCAGACCCGCGCGCUGCCAGAAGAGCUUUGUCAAGCAAUUGCUGGGUCGCUCGGUGUCCGGGACGUGCUAGGGCGUCUCGGAAAGCAAGCUGCAGCUCACUUCAGAGCUCGGCUCUGGCACUACAGCGCCCGCAGCAAGGAAAAAGAGAUCAAGGUGCCCAAAUCUCGGUCUCCUCCAGAUGGAAUGGACAAGAAAAGCCUAGCUGCUCUCCAGCAGGAGUUCCUGGCCCAGGAAAGAGAAGGCAAAGUCAAGUCUGAUGCACCCCUAUACAUCUCUGAGCUUCGAUGGCAACGCAAGGUCUCGCAUCCGCUCAAUCCGAAUGAGUGGGUGAAAACAGCCACCAGCUGCGACGUUUUUGACGUUACACCAUUUUCCAAGCAGAUGCCACUCUGGGAAAGGUCCGAGGGUGGCAUCUUCGUGGGUGAGCGUGGUGCUGGCUCAGGGUUACAUGUUGAUCAGUGCCUCUGGUCCAAUGUGGGUCGGAAUUGGUGCGGGUUCAAGCUAUUUGCACUGUGGCCUUGGUCGGAAAGGCAUCGGAUACUGGACGAAGCUGGCAAAGGUGCGAUUUUCCAUCCUCCACUGACAAAGAGAGAGGAGGACUUCCUCAGCCGUGCCAAAACGGUCGCUCUAGUUGGGCCUGGAGACGUCUGGGUCUUCAGUGGUGGACAGCCUCACACAGCCAUGUGUGUGGGAGACGGUGUAAACGUUUGUGCAUACGAGCCGGGCCGUCCAGCUGCGCUGCUCCUGAUUCUGCUGACUUUGUUGACAGCUUGGAGAUCUGCAUGUAAGACAUUAGGCAUGCUUGAACCUUUGCACAGCGUUGACGUAUCCGCAGUUGUUCGGCUCCUGACUCAUACUUCCCACUGCUCGCUCACGACUUCCAGCAUUUGGCCUCAGAGAGGGAAAUGA